AUGGCCUCUGCGAGAGACCCUGGCUGCAUGAGCCUGGCCUACGAGCUCGAGCGCAUCCUGUGGCACAGCGGCACAUGGCGGAUGUACGGCUUGGGUGGGAUGAUGUGCGGGAGUGUGGGGAAAGGCAGGGCCACGGUGGUUAAAUUAGCCGAGCUGCGGAGGGGAAGCGCAAAGAGGCCAGACGCCUCCGAAGCAUCUCGAGCCGGUGCACAAACACUUGCGCCGGUCAACCUGCCAUCGCCCUCUCCCGCCUGCCCCGUCAGCCCCGCUGGCCAGCAUGCCCGCUGGAUUGCUGCCAGUCGGCAACCUGCAAUUCCAAAAGGGAACGAAAAAGUGCCGCUGGCUGCUCAGCCCAUGCCGCCUGCUCCUGCCGCUGCCAGACGAGAAACUGCGAGCGGGAUGGCCGAUGAGACCGAGUCGUCGGCGCUCCAAACCACUCUGGCCACCGCCAUCCUUCCUCCAUACCUUUCCACACGCUCGUCCUUGGUCUCGCCGCUUGGCCCUAGUGCAGCAAGCAUGGCGUCAUCCUCCACAACCGCAGCGCACGUCGCCCCCAACGACCUCACCAAGCUGCUCACCACCAUCCACAAGUCCGUCUCUACACUCAGCGACUCCGUCCGCGCCUUCGAGAAGGAUGUGUCGCAAUCGUCUUCCAGCGACCCCACCGAGAAUCCAUUCGCGUAUCCCGACGGCAUCUCACUCCUCACCGUCAAGAACGAGGCGAUGCUCGACUACCUCCACCACAUCGUAGCCCUCUCCAUCGCCAAAAUAUCGGGCCGCUCUCUCGCCAGUGCCUCCAGCGCAUCCCAAUCAAACGCGAGUGCAUCCACAGAUCUGGUCCGGAACAUGGCCAAGCUGCGUCUCAUGCUCGAGAAGCUUCGUCCGCUCGAGAACCGUCUCAAGUACCAAAUGGACAAGCUCCUCCGUGCAGCCGCCGAUGCCGACAAGGAGGUCAUGCUCGGUCGUGCCGCGCCCGCCUCCGAUGUCAAUGGCAAAUCUAGAUCCAAGCGCCGCACAGGCGGCGACGACGACGACGAUGCCAGCGAUGACGACCUCGCCUUUCGUCCCAACCCGUCCGCCUUCAUGCAAGACAAGGCUCGUGCCCUCUCCAAAUCGUCCAAGCCCAACGACCACCGAUCCAGAUCCAACCGCGACUCGGACUCCGAUUCCGACUCGGACGAUCAGGGCGGCAAGACCGCCGUGUACCGUCCUCCCAAGCUCGUGCCCAUGUCGUAUGAUCCCGACGCGCGCUCCAACAAGAAGGAUCCACGCUUCGCCGACAAGCCUUCGUCCAUCACACGCAACUCGGCGCUUCUGUCCGACCUCACCGCCAGCAUGUCCGCAAACCCGUACGAGGCCUCCUCCGGCGGCGUCGGUGUCGGCGGCCGCGGUCGCCUCGCCUCCAACACUUCCGCACGCGCCAAAGCCCUCGCCAGGAUGGACGAGUUCGAGGAGGAGAAUUUCACGCGUCUCGUCAUGUCCAAGAAGGACGCACGCAAGCGCAGGCGCGACGAAGCAGACGUCGCCCUCGGAGGCGCAGGUCUCAGCUCCGGCCGCGACGGCAGAAGGCGCAUCGGCGGCGGCAUGGAGGAAGAGUUUGGCGACCUCCUCCGAGGCGCAGGUCUCGACGGCCGCAACGGCAAAAAGGCCAAAAAGGCCCAGCAAGCCUACGACACUCUCCGCGCCUCCAGCAAAGCCGGUUCCACCCUCCAGCGAUCCAAAUCCAGCUCCGCACCCUCGCCUGUUCCCCAGGGCGCAAAGUCCAACAAGUUCCGCAGCCAAGUCAAUCGCCAAGCUCGCCGAUAG